AUGGGCAAGCUAACCAGCACAAUCGGCAUUCCAAUCAAGCUUCUCAACGAAGCCCAGGGCCAUGUCGUCACCCUCGAAAUCACAUCCGGCCAGGUCUACAGAGGAAAGCUCCUAGAAGCCGAAGAUAACAUGAACGUCCAACUGAAAGAUAUUACCGUCACGGCGCGCGACGGUCGUGUUUCGCAUCUCGACCAAGUCUACAUUCGUGGAAGCCAUGUCAGAUUCUUUAUUGUUCCAGAUAUGUUGCGAAACGCACCGAUGUUCCGAACAAGAGGUCAGCGCGGAAGAGGUGUUGGUUUGGCUCGAGGCAGAGCGACGGUCAACAGAGCCCGUGGUCAGCGACGAGGUUAGGUGUGAUGUGAUGUGAAAGACUCACGAAGAUACCGGAGACAGCAUGUAGAAAUGGCCACGGUGAUGAAACAUGCCUGCCUGUCCUUCACGGACAUAUCCACCGUGGCGGUUGUGCGUUUAUCUGCCUACUUUUGGGGCUCCUUGAUAGAUAACGGCUGGCGAUGAGGCGUGGGAGGUUUAAUUCUACAUGGGCGACGCUGAAACCCUUUUUCUUUUUCUCAUGAGAUAAUUGAUUGCCUGUUCUAACGCUUGGGACGAAACGAGAAGAUUGAUUUUUCAACUGCCGCGGUCUGUGUUAAUGACUAGCCCUCCAGUUACUUCAUCGGAAGGUGGGCCAUAUAUAUUAUUGGGAUCCUACCAAACCCAGCUUCAAGUAACAUAAAAUCCAAUGCACUUGAUGUGAAUGGCU